AUGCAUUGAAAGACCGCUGUACUCUCCUCUCGUGGGCCACCCGGCGGUCUCAUCACCGGGAGAGAGGACGGGGAGGAGGCACCGAAAGGACGUCGUAGAGGCACCUUAAAGCAGAUAUGCAAUGUAGCUUAAUGGAGCCAAAUAGGGGUUCAGUCGUUCACGGGACACGCUGAAAAGAGGUUUCAAGACGCUGAAAAUCUGUGGUGGCCCGACAGGAAGCAGCCCCCUUCUGUGAAAGAUGGUUGCCAUGGAGCUAAGAUAGAACCUUCCUGUUUCUCGACCAAUCGAGGAUCGGCGUCUCGUUCGACCAUGGGUACAUGGCGCGGGCUGCGAGUGGCCUUCAUCGUGGGCUCUCUGUUCAUGAUCCUGAUGAUUAUCGUGUACUGGGACGACGUUGGCGGCUUCAGCCUCUACCCCCAGCGGGACACCCAACACUUUCAGGUCCACCCCGUUCCCGCCGGGUCCCUCCCCACCCCCGGCUCGGUGCAGCAGCCCACCUCCGCCCGCUCCAGCCCAGGUCUCCGCCCCAGCGGCCCCCUGUCGCCCCUGGCCGACUCAAAGGACGGCUCACCCUUUCAUUCUCCCGCAGAGCCCGGCUCAGAGAAACCUCCACACGAGGACAGUCACGGGGGGGGUGAGAGGACGGGGGAUGAACCGGGAGAGGAGGAUAAGGGAAGGGGUCAGGAGGAGAGGAAGCAGAGGAUUAUGGAUGUGUGCUCCGGGAAAACCUCUGGCGACUUCCCCGGGCGGACUCGGGCAUUCGAGCAAAUCCCCAACAGAGAGCUGGACCACCUGAUAGUGGACGACACCCACCAGAUCAUCUACUGCUAUGUUCCUAAGGUAGCCUGCACCAACUGGAAGCGGGUGAUGGUGGUUCUCUCCCAGUCUCUGGUGUCCCCGUCGUCAGGGAAACCCUACACUGAACCACAGGACAUCCCAGCCGACGUGGUCCACAACAACUCCAUCCACCUGACGUUUGCCAAGUUCUGGCGUCACUACGGUUCCCUGUCCCGCCACCUGAUGGCGCUCAAGCUGCAGCACUACACUAAGUUUAUUUUUGUCCGGGACCCCUUCGUACGUCUCAUAUCAGCCUACAGGAACAAGUUUGAAAGCGCCAACGAGAACUUCUACCGGCAGUUUGGUUCGGUCAUGCUGCGUCGCUAUGGUAACGCGACAGGGGACGUCCCAGAGAGCGCGGCGGACGCCUUCGCUGCGGGGGUCAGGCCCUCCUUUCAGCAGUUCAUCACAUACCUCCUGGACGCAGACACCGAGAAGGAGGCUGUCUUUAAUGAGCACUGGCGGCAGAUCUACCGUCUGUGCCACCCAUGCCAGGUCCAAUAUGACUUUGUCGGUCACCUGGAAACCCUGGAGGCAGACUCGAAACAGCUGCUGAGGAUGCUGGGAGUGGAUCAGUGGAUUCACUUCCCCACCGGCGCGCGCAACCGCACCGCCAGCAGCUGGGAACGGGAUUGGUUCUCCCACAUCCCCAUCGCGGAGAGGGAAGCGCUUUACAAGCUGUACCAGCCUGACUUUGAGCUCUUCGGAUACCCCAAGCCCGAGCGGGACCUUUGAGAGCCACGGCGGCGAGGCGCCCGUGGGGCACCGACGCUUAUACGCCUCCAUACGCGCACAGCGUCGCCUCUUUUCAGCCGGGAUAAAGGGGAUGCCACCGCAGCGCUGUCUAUAACCAUAGCUUCCCCCGUACCUUACACGAUGUAAGUGCCUCCGCCAGAGUUAUUUAUUAAACUAGGUCCAUCCCCCCCGCCCCCCCGCCUCGCCUCACUCUGCCUUCAGCCAGCCCUAACGCACCAGUCCGCACCGGGCUGGGGGGUUCAGGGCACGCGCACUUGCAAGAUAAUUUAUUUCUACUUUGGUUCAUUUGUAUAGCAAACUGGACGACAUUUUGUAAAAUUCAUGACACUGUCGAGGCUGGAGUGUUAUAUGAAGGUGUGUUGCAGAGAAAUAAAGUGUUGUUGUUUUUUU